GGGGCGCCAAAUGAAACCCUAAUAAAGAGAGAGAGAGAGAGAGAGAGGGAGAGGGAGAGAGGGGAAAAGGGGAAAAAAAUCACAGAUUCAAGUAUAUCCUAAUUCAUGUAGUUUCUUUCUUUAAUCCAGCCCCACCUUCUGUUCAAGUAAUCAACACACCCAAACUUCUGUCAGAUCUGCCUUUCUCCAUCAACACUAUCAAAAGCACCAUUGAUUCUCCAUUAUCAUCAUCACCACCACCAUUAAUGCUUCUGUUCAAUUAUUAUUUAUUGUUCAUAUAAAAGAAGAAUUUUUUUCUUGUGUGUUUAGUUGUGUGAUCAAAUGAAAUGGGAAUGUGGUUGGUGCUGUAAAUGGGUUUCUUGUUUUUUCUGUGGAGUUUUCACUUUCAAUGUGUAAUCUUGAUCAGGUAGUAUUUGUAGUGAGCAUUUGUUAAGGUUUGCUGCAGAACAAGAAAGAAAUAUAGAGGAAAGAUGUCAGAAAUGAGAGUUUCUGAUCCAAGUAGACUUCAUUUGAAGAAGGAGCUUACUCAAAUCAGAAAGGCAGCUCGAGUUUUGCGCGAUCCAGGAACUACUUCUUCAUGGAAGUCGCCUCUUAGUUCGUCUAGAUCUGCUGCAGCUGCAACUCUAGCGGCUGUUGCUGCUGCUUCUACUUCUGCUUCUGCUUCUGCUUGGAAGCAUUUUGAGAAUGAGAAUGUAAUCUCCAAUGGGAGCAAUUCCCAUUUGGAUAACCAAUUCAGGAAUAAUGGGAAAGAAAAGAGAGUGUUUCUGUACAAUUGGAAGACUCAGAAAUCUUCCAGCGAGAAAAGUGCAGUGGCAAGAAAUGAUGCUGAUGAAGAUUAUGAGUCUCGUUCGAUUCAAGAGAGCCUUGACGAUAGCUUGAGCGAUGCAAGGAAUGCUGCAGAUUCCAAGAGCGAUGGUUACUUGGGCGAAAGCAGGUCUGCUUCAACGAUUUUCAGGUGUAGAGAUGCGAAUCUUGUAUCGCCGUCAAUGAGAAGAAUAAUGGGGAUCAAGAAAAAGAGUAAGAAAACUAAUACCCAUUUGGAUAUUUUGACAAGAUAUCAACAAAAAGAGAUGAAUUUGAGAAGACUGCUCAAGAGUCAUCCUUCAAUGGCUUUAGGUUUAGGAAGGGACGACUCUGUUGAGCAGUCUGAUGAUACCGAAGAAUAUAAUUCUGAGGAUCCAAGAAAGUUUUCAGGGGCAUCCCCUUUGUUAAUAAAACUUAGGCAUAAGAAUUGGUCAAAUUCUCCAUCUAAAUUUUUGAGAAGUAGCCGAAAAGAGGACUCCUCUUACUGUUAUAGUACACCAGCAUUGUCAACUAGUUCUUAUAAUAGGUACUGUAAUCGGAACCCAAGCACUGUUGGAUCUUGGGAUGCCACCACAACCUCAUUGAAUGAUGGGGACGAUGAGGUGGAUGACCAUUUGGAUUUGCCAGGUCGCCAGGGAUGCGGGAUUCCGUGCUAUUGGACCAAAAGAACGCCAAGACACAGAGGGGUUUGUGGAAGUUGUUGCUCUCCUUCCCUUUCGGAUACUAUUAGGAGGAAAGGGACUAGUAUUCUGAGUGGUAGUCAGUCAAUGUAUAAUAGACGUCGACAUUCAUCAUCAGUUUCCAAUAAGAGAAGAAUUGCUUCCAGAAGUGCCCAAGGACUUCUGCCAUUGCUUACAAAUAGUGAUGGCAGAGGAGGGUCAUCUAUUGGAACUGGUCAUAGUGAUGAUGAACUCUCUACAAACUUUGGGGAGCUUGAUUUGGAGGCCUUGAGUAGAUUGGAUGGGAGGAGAUGGUCUAGUUGUAGGAGUCAAGAUGGGUUAGAGAUUGUAGCUAUAAAUGGAGAUGGGGAAGAGGAAGGUACACCUGAAAAUAUUAGAAGUUUAAGCCAGAAAUACAAGCCGCUCUUCUUUGGUGAAGUGAUUGGACAGAACAUUGUUGUUCAAUCUCUUAUCAAUGCUACUUCCAGGGGAAGGAUUGCCCCAGUUUAUCUUUUCCAGGGUCCGAGAGGGACUGGAAAAACAUCAACAGCCAGGAUUUUUGCCUCCGCUUUAAAUUGUAGUUCUACAGAAGAAACAAAGCCAUGUGGGUAUUGCGCGGAAUGUGCUGAUUCCAUUUCUGGUAAGGCUAGAGAUCUAUGGGAAGUUGAUGGCACCAAUAAGAAGGGUAUUGAUAAAGUUAGACACCUUUUGAAGAAGGUUUCGCAGUGGCCCCCAACAGGCUCUUCUCAUUACAAGGUUUUUCUCAUUGAUGAGUGUCACUUGUUGCCAUCUAAGAUGUGGCUGACGUUUCUCAAAUUUCUUGAAGAACCACCACAGCAUGUUGUGUUUAUAUUCAUAACAACUGAUCCUGAUAAUGUCCCUCGCACUGUACAAUCACGGUGUCAGAAAUACCUAUUUAACAAAAUUAAAGAUGGUGAUAUUGUGGCAAGGUUGAGGAAAAUUUCUAAUGAAGAAAAUCUGGAGGUUGAAUUGGAUGCAUUGGAUUUGAUUGCUCUAAAUGCAGAUGGUUCACUUCGAGAUGCAGAAACUAUGUUAGAUCAAUUGAGUUUGUUGGGGAAGAGGAUAACUACAUCUCUUGUAAAUGAGCUUGUGGGGGUUGUCCCAGAUGAAAAACUGCUGGAACUUUUGGAAUUAUCAAUGUCAUCAGAUACAGCAGAAACAGUGAAAAGGGCUAGGGAUUUAAUGGACUCUGGCGUUGAUCCCAUGGUUUUGAUGUCUCAACUGGCGAGCCUCAUUAUGGACAUCAUUGCUGGAACUUACAAUGUUGCUGAUGCCAAAUAUAAUACUUCAUUCUUUGGUGGACGAAGCUUGACUGAAGCAGAAUUAGAGAGAUUAAAGCAUGCAUUGAAGCUUCUUUCGGAGGCUGAGAAACAGCUAAGGGUUUCAAGUGACCGCUCAACAUGGUUCACAGCAACUCUUUUACAGCUUGGUUCAGUGCCUUCACCAGAUCUUAGUCAGUCAAACAGCAGUAGGAGACAGAGUUCGAGGACAACUGAAGAGGAUCCUUCAAGUGCUUCUAGAGAAGUAACUAUCUACAAGCAGAAAUCGGAUACUCACUAUUUGUCUCGUAGGUCAAGUUCUCCUGCUUCAUUGUACAAAGCAAUAAAUGGAAAUUCCAACCAUCAAGGAGAAUUUGGUUUCAGUUCUAGGCCCCUUCCUAGUCAAUCAAUGGAUAGCUUUACUUCGUCUGCUUCACUUGAUGAUGAACUGGUUGGAAAUAUGCUAUUUAGAGCUAGGAACUCUGAAAAGUUGGAUCAUAUUUGGGAGAAGUGUAUUGCAAAGUGUCACUCAAAUACACUUAGGCAGCUGCUACAUGCUCAUGGAAAGCUUUUCUCCAUAUUAGAAUUUGAAGGUGCUUUGGUUGUUUAUGUUGCAUUUGGAGAUGAAGAUAUUAAAUCCAGAGCUGAAAGGUUUAUGAGCAGUAUCACAAAUUCAAUUGAAAUGGUACUGAGAUGCAAUGUGGAGGUGAGAAUUAUCCUUGCACCAGUUGGUGAGGAUUCUCUGAAUUGUUUGAAUCUAAGUGGGUCACAAGGUCAAAGAGGGGCAGGAGCAACUUCGACAAUUGAGCGGGAAAGAAAAGCAAAUGGCUUGAAACCAGCAAAUGGUUACGCUGACUCAAAACAAGAAUCCCUAAAAUUAUCUAGAGGAAGCUUUAAUGAUUUGGAGGGAAAAAUAAAAGGAGGAUCAGGAGAUUAUUUGAAAUCCUUAACAUUGAUGGAUAGUACCCUUCAAUCUACUGCUCUAUCAACAGAGUUACUGCCUGAAGCCAAUGCUGAAACUGGUGAUUUGAAAGAAAAGAGGCAGGAAUUACCAAUGCAGAGAAUAGAAUCCAUCAUUCGUGAGCAAAGGUUAGAAACUGCCUGGUUACAGGCUGCAGAGAAAGGCACUCCUGGAUCAGUAAGUCGCCUGAAACCUGAGAAGAAUCAAGUGUUGCCCCAAGAGGACAUCUAUCAUCAAAAUAAAAUGGAAUCUGCAAGUUCAAUGGGUAUGUCAUCUCAGCAUUGGGAAGAUGAAUUAAAUCAUGAACUCAAAAUUUUGAAGAUGGAAGAUCAGAGGAUGGUCCAUAAGGACCAAACUGGUAGAAGGGCUGAUUGUUAUCCCAUAUCUCCAAGCUUGUUGCAUGAUAGCAACUUUGUGGGCAAUCCAAUCAAAGAAAGCCUGGGAUACGAAUCAAGUUCAGCAGGUGGAGGUUGCAGUGGUCUUUUCUGUUGGAAUGCCAACAAAGCUCGGAAGCCAAAGGGGAAAGGGACUCCUGUUCGCCCUAGAAGCAGAAGCGGGCGACUUUCAUUGUUUGGGGAGUGUGGCAAGCAUAAGAAAACAGAAAGCAGGAAUAGAAGAUAAAAUGGAUAGAAACAGAUACAAUGCCUGGAUUUUUAGCUACAUUGUUUGUUACUUCACAUAUAUAUAGUUUGUUUCUGUAUUUAUUUUUUUUGGUUUAAGGUAUUUCUCAAGGAAACAGCCACGGGGAAAAUAUUUUAUGUAAAGGUUGCUAUUGGACUUGGCAUUUCUUUCAUCUUCAGCCAUUCUUUAUUGGGUCAAUAAAGUAAAUGUGGGAUAACUUGCAGGACCUCUUCGUAA